AUGGUUAUGGGGUCAGAGAGUAACAAUGUUGACAAAUGCAAACAAGUCGCAUACGAAGUCAACGUCAAUUCUCCUGAUGAUAAUGGAAAUGAGACUGCCUCUAAUUGUUCGAUCUGUCUUGAACCCUUGGUCGAUAAGGAUGAAAAUCGUACCCCUGUUACACUUCGUUGUUGCCAUCAAUUCCAUCUUGAUUGUAUUGGUUCGGCCUUCAAUGCAAAGAGCACGAUGCAAUGCCCAAAUUGUAGGACAAUAGAACCUGGUCAAUGGCGCGUUCCAAUCGUCCAUCCUACCCCAGAUCUUAAUCCCAUCGUUGGUUUGCCUGCUGAACAAUUAGCAGUUCUACUGGGUUUUGGAAUGGAGUUAAUGUGCCCGUUUGGAUACUUAGAUCACCUUAAUCCUACCAGGGGUCCAACUCUAUGUCCUUAUUUCGACUAUUCUCUCACCAUUCCUCAAUAUCUUCUUUUAGCUAGAUUUGCUGAGAUUCCUAAUCUCACUAGCCAUUUGACCACUGGCUCAGGAGUAGUCCAUAAUCCUAAUGGUUUACCAAUGGAUCUCUCAAACCCAUCAUUUUGGCUUACCCCGCUUAGUCCUCUACCAACUAAUCCAAGGUAUUUUCGAAGUAACUUCAAUCCAGAGGUGAUCAUAGCAAGACAUUAUUUUACCCAUCCAAAUUUCGAUUACAGCUUAGUAUCAGCGGUUAAUGCUUCAGUGGUUCCGCCUAAUCUACGCGACAGCUCGGUCGCUACUGGUUCAUUGGCUCCACCUUAUCUAGGCGACAGCUCGAUAGCUACUGUAUCAUUGGCUCCGCUUGAUCAACCUAGCAGUUCACUCGCUAAUGCUCCUGUGGUUCUACCUUAUUUAAGUGGCAGUUCAGCGGCUAAUGUUCCCGCGGUCCUGCCUUCUCAAGGCGGAAGCGGUGGCGACAAUGACAGAGGCGGUGGAAGUGGUGGCAUACACGAGAAUCAUGAUUGCGGACCGUCCUAA